UCCCAGGGUCGGGUUUAACCGGGAGAAAGUGAGAAUAGUGCUAGUCUAACACCAUUGGCUGGUCGAGGUGGCUCUCGUCUAGGGUUUUCUUUUCUUUAUUUUUAUUUUUAUUUAUAUUUUUGUGUCCAAUUCAACGGAAGUCAUUCUACAUGUUAAGUUGAAUUGGUUUUCUGUGAAAGCAAUCUCUGUAAAUGAAGUAAAACCCUAAAAAAAAAAAGCUUUGGGGAAUGCGGCUCAGUGGAUGUUUAUGAUCGUUUAGAUGGACUUAAAUGCAUCGCCCUUGCCUGAAGAAGAUGAAGAAGAGAUUUUCAAAGAACAUGUCGAAGAAGAAACUACAUGGGAAGAAGAAGAACACAUCGAGACGGCCGUCGAAACCUUGCGCAGAGAGCGUGAAGAAAGGCGUCGACGCUUGAAAAGAGAAUACCCAGAUGAAGGGUCAAAGGUGACCGUCCAACCACACAAGAAUGAUUUAGUGGUUCAGCUGAGGAACCCUAGAUCAUAUGAGAGAACCAAGCUGCCUCCUGGUUGGUUGGAUUGUCCUUCAUAUGGUCAUACCAUUGCUAACAUAAUCCCUUCUAAAGUUCCGUUGGGCGAGUAUUUCAACGAUUCUGUCGUGCCUGGUAAAAGAUAUUCUUUGAAACAAGUGAUUCAUCAACAAAGAGUGUUGGGAAGGGAACUUGGUUUGGUAAUUGAUCUGACAAAUACUUCUCGCUAUUAUCCACCGUCAGAUUGGAAGAAACAAGGUAUUAAACAUGUUAAGAUCCCAUGCAAGGGACGAGAUUCGGUACCAGAUAAUGAGUCUGUCAACACUUUUGUUUAUGAGCUCUUGCAAUUCUUCUCCCGCCAUAAGCAGUCAAAGAAGCACGUCCUUGUGCAUUGUACACAUGGGCAUAACCGUACAGGUUUUAUGAUAAUUCAUUAUCUUAUGCGUUCGCAACCCUUUUCUGUCACUGAGGCAUUGCAAGUGUUUGCUAAUGCACGGCCUCCAGGAAUAUACAAAGAGGAUUACAUUGAUGCAUUGUACAGGUUCUAUCAUGAAAAAAGGCCCGAAACAAUCACUUGCCCUUCAACUCCAGAGUGGAAAAGGUCUUCUGAUCUUGAUCUCAAUGGUGAAGCUGGGCAAGAUGAUGAUGAUGAUGGUGGCAUGGCAGCUCCUUUGCAUGAGGAGCAAAUGGAAAAUGAGGCGAUGACGAACGACGAUGUUUUGGGUGAUGCAAUACCUUAUGAUCAGCAAGAUGCCAUGCGAAAAUUCUGCUAUCAUUCACUUAAAAUGCCAAUAGGAGCGAAAGGAUACUCAGUCUUUCCAGGAUCACACCCAGUUUCUCUAAACAGGGAAAAUCUGCAACUCCUGAGACAGCGGUAUUACUAUGCUACAUGGAAAGCUGAUGGAACACGAUACAUGAUGCUUAUCACAUGGGAUGGGUGUUAUCUUAUUGACAGAAAUUUUUGUUUUCGAAGGGUUCAAUUGCGGUUUCCUAUGAAGCAUUCAAGUGAGGGUCUAAAUGAGAGGACACAUAAUUUAACAUUACUUGAUGGUGAGAUGGUAAUCGACACCCUACCUACUACACAGAAGCAGGAGAGAAGAUACCUGAUUUAUGAUCUAAUGGCACUUAAUGCGCAGUCUAUCAUAGAGCUUCCCUUCUACGAAAGAUGGAAACUACUUGAGAAAGAAGUGAUCGAACCUCGAAAUUAUGAACGUUCAAAUAUUUUUCAAAGUAAAAAUCCACAUUACAGAUAUGACAUGGAACCUUUCCGGGUUAGGAGGAAGGAUUUCUGGUUGCUAUCUACUGUUACGAAGCUUCUAAAGGAAUUCAUUCCAAAACUUCCACAUGAAGCAGAUGGUCUUAUUUUUCAGGGCUGGGAUGAUCCAUAUGUUCCCCGCACCCAUGAAGGCCUUCUGAAGUGGAAAUAUCCAGAAAUGAACUCAGUUGAUUUCCUGUUUGAGGUGGGAGAUGAUAAUUGUCAGUUGCUCUAUCUUUUUGAAAGAGGAAAAAGGAGGCUAAUGGAGGGGAACCGAGUUUUCUUUAAAGAUGUAUCAGACUACUCAGUAUAUUCAGGGAAGAUCAUUGAGUGCUCUUGGGAUCAAGAACAGCAGUACUGGAUAUGCAUGCGAGUCAGGACGGAUAAAGCAACCCCCAAUGAAUUCAACACCUACCUGAAGGUAAUGCGAAGCAUCAAGGACAACAUCACAGGGGACAUUUUGCUGAAUGAAAUUCACGAAAUUGUGUCCCUGCCCAUGUAUGCUGAUAGGAUCCGAAAUGAUAGCAAAGCCCACAUGAAACAACAGCAUCCAAUUUCAGGGCGCCGAAAGUGAUUUUCUACAGUGUCUGGAGGAGCUUGUGAGGAACCAGCACCAGAAAAAAGCACACAAAAGAGCAUAACUUAUUCCUCAGCUGAUUUCAAUAUAGCUGGCGUCACUGCUAUCAGUAGGUGAACACGUUGCCGAGAAAUAUAUCAUGUAACUAGUAGUACAGGUGAUGCCCUCUUUAUGCAUGGAGUCGUUCUCGUGCUGUAUUGAUGGUGCAACUCGGUACGAAUCAUCUUCUAGACACUGGCCAUGUAUCUUUCCCAAUAUUGCUAUGUAAAUUAGUAUUUUCCAGAAAAAAGAUGAGUAUUUCCUUUUUCUUUU